UUUAAACCCCCUCGUACCUCCCAUCCUCAAACCUUUCUCUUCCCAUCAACAACUGCAAUUCUACAACCGCAACGUUACAUCACAAUACUAUACAAUACCCUUUUACACUUUUUCAACUUUCACCAAAUAAAUCUAUCAAAAUGGUUUUCGGCUGGGGUAUGUCAUCUUCUUUUUCUCCUCCUUCGUAUUAUCUCUUAGAGUUUAUACCCCACCUUGACGUUGACACUGUACUCACGAAUUGAAGAGAGCUUGACUAACAUGUUUUUAUCACUACAGGCGAAUCUCAAGAUCACUACGAUCAAUACCAAAACCAAGACACUGCCAGUCUCGGCCAUGAGGUUCUCGCUGGUGGUGCAGGUUUCGCUGCCAUGAAGAUGUUCGAGGACAGACAACGCAAAGAGGGUAUGUUGUAAAGUUCACUCUCAACUUCACUCGAUUCAAAUAUAGUUACUUAUACAAACCGUUCACAGGAAAGCCAGUUUCUCACGCAUUCGCUAAGGAGCUCAUCGCUGGUUUCGCCGCUGGUGAAGUUGACAAGUUGGUUGAGACCAAGGGUGAGGACUGGGUCCGUGAGCACCGCUUGAGAGAGAAAUCUCAAGAGCAAGCCGAGCAUCUUUAUGAUCAACACUACGGUCAAGAUGACCAAUAUGACCCGUAUGUAACCGUUCAUUCUUCUACCUUAUCCUUUUCCAGAUCUGGCUAACAUGUCUCUUUACAGAAACCAACGUGAUGCUCCAGACCACUUCAACAAAUACGACAACAACUGGUAAAUUCACAACUGUGCUGGCAUGGAAUCGAUUGAUAUCUCGGAAUUGUGAGGACAAUGAGUUGAUGGAUUCUUUUGCCAUUUGGUUGGGGCAUUUCCCAUGAUGAUUAUGAUGAACUUUAUAUAUAGCAAGCAAGCAUGGCUUUUUACGAUGGAUGAUACCGCCUGGAAAUCCCAGGUUCUCCACGGAACUGAGUCUUAAUCGAAAUAAAAAGAUUUUUGACCAGAACA